AUGCCUGUGGGAAAUAGUACUACUACUACUGUCACUGAGUUCAUCCUCCUGGGCAUCUCAGAGGAUCCACAGAUGAGACCAGUAUGCUUUGUGGUGUUCCUGAUUAUCUAUCUGGUCAACGUUGUGGGCAACCUAGGCAUGAUCAUCUUGAUCUCAUUUGAUUUCCAACUUCACAACCCUAUGUACUUCUUCCUGUGGCAUCUCUCCUUCUGUGACAUCUGCUACUCAACUGCUAUUGCCCCCAGAAUGCUGUCUGACUUAUUAUCUGAAAGCAGAAUUAUCUCCUUCACUAGUUGCACGGCCCAGUUCUACUUCUUUGCAGCCUUUGUAGAUGCCGAGUGCUACAUUUUGGCAGUGAUGGCCUAUGACCGCUAUGUGGCUAUUUGUAAACCACUGCUCUACUCCUCUGCCAUGUCCAAAGAUCUCUGCAUCCGGCUCUUAAUUGGAUCAUAUAUUGCUGGUACAACUAAUGCCAUAAUACACACAACAGCCACUUUCAGCCUUAGUUUCUGCAACUCCAACCUCAUUAACCAUUUUUUCUGUGAUGUUCCUCCACUUCUGGGAAUCUCCUGCUCUGACACCCACAUCAAUGAGAUUCUGCUCUUUGCUUUUGCUGGCUUUGUUGAGAUGAGCUCCCUCUCUGUCAUCCUGGUCUCUUAUAUCUUCAUCUUAGCUGCCAUCCUGAGAAUGAAUUCUGCUGCAGGGAGAUUCAAAGCCUUUUCCACCUGUGGAUCUCACUUCACUGGAGUCACUUUGUUUUAUGGGACUGUGAUUUUCAUGUAUUUACGUCCCACUUCUGUCUAUGCCCUGGACCAAGACAAAUGGGCAUCUGUGUUCUACACUGUGGUGAUCCCCAUGCUCAACCCUCUGAUCUACAGCCUGAGGAACAAAGAUGUUAAAGAAGCAUUCAAGAAACUCAUCAAUAAGAAGCUAAAUUCUGUCUUAAUCUGA